AUGUCUUCUUCUCCCUCUCCAUCUUCGCCUCUCCAAAUACGGCCACAUCCCACCAAAGGCCGCGGCCUCUACGCAACCCAAUCCUUCUCUCCCGGCCAAGUCAUACUUCCCUUCACUCCUCUUCUCCUCCUCCCCACCGUCUCGUAUCUCAACAUUGUCUGCUCAUACUGUCUCCGUCCGGGAAACCCUCGUGCCUGUUCGCGCUGCCACGCGGCCUCGUACUGCGACGCGACAUGCCAAGCGGCGGCCUGGAAAGCAGUCCAUUCGCGGGAGUGCAAGGUGUUGCGGCAGGGCAUCAAAGAUGAAGAUCGGAGGAGGCGGCUGCCGACGCCGACAAGGGCGCUGAUCCAGGCUGUGCUGCGGAAAGAGAUUGGAGAUGGAUUGGAAGGCCUAGAGGGCCAUGUCUUGGAGAAGAAGGCGGCAGAAGGCGAUGAGUGGAAGGAUAUCGAAAUCAUGGCCAUGGCGGCUUGUGCGUUUUCUGGCAAGGGCACAGCAGAGGAGGACAUUCGGAAAGCAGCUGAGAUGCUGUGCAAGAUUCAAAACAAUUCGUUUCAGAGAUUUGACUCCGAUUUGGGUGUUAUUGGCUUGUUUCUCGAGCCCACGCUGGCCAUGGCAAACCACUCCUGCAUUCCCAAUGCUGCAGUCCAGUUUAUCGGACGGAACGCUCUCCUCAUUGCCGAGAAUCCCAUUCGCGCCGGGGAUGAGAUGGAGUUGGCAUAUACCUUUUAUACGGAUCCUUUACCCAAACGAAAAGAAGCACUGGCUCACUACAAGUUUGUUUGCCAAUGCCUUCGUUGUCGAGAUAAUCUCAAUGUCUACCAAGUCGCAGCCGUCUCCCCCACCGUCAAUCUCAACAGCCAGAGUCUCGUACCAGAUGUCUCAAGAUUCCGCCACCAUCCUGCAACCAGCAACUACAGCAAACAGUCCAUGAUCAAUCAAUAUGGCGAGUCAGCUGACUCCAUUGUUAAUGCUUUAGGAGACAUCGAGUCGCCAUCAGAGCGUCGUAAACUCCUCAAGAGCGAGUAUAGAAAGCACAAGGGUCUGGUUGAUGAGCAGCUCUGGGCCGUCAUGCCACUACCAGACAUCCUUUUUAGGAUAUCCAUGCUAUACGGCGAGGAAGAAAGUUUUGCUCUCGCUCUGCCGGUAGCGUGCCUCAUUGCCACGGCUUGCGAUCCGUACCAGUAUACCUCGCCUUUCCAUCCAAUUCGACUGUCUGGCCUUUUCACCAUGGCAAAUUUCCUCACGCAUACCGCUGCAACAACGGCUUUCUUGGAGAAGUCAAAUACACCAGUCUCAAGAACAGCAGUGCUGGAGCAGAAAAUCGAGCAAACCCUGCGAGAAAUCGAUCAAGUCUCGCUAUGCCAAAUGCUGCUCAUCACGAUCCUAAAAGGUUUGCCAGACAAGUAUGGCGCUAAGAUGGAUCUUGCCGUCAAAGCGCGGGCGCUUUUGGAUGAUAUUGAGAAAUUAGCCGGCAGGGAGCAGGAAGCGUCUCUAAUUAAUGAAUGGCGGCGAGAUCCCAACAGCGAAAAGUCCCAGGCUUUCUUUGAGUUUGCUGUUGUGAAGCCAGUAGAUGCCUUGGCUAGCCUUGGAAAAGAGGUCUUGGAGCGAGACUUUGGGGCUGCCGCUGCUUAA